AUGAAGUGUGAUGCAGUUGUUGAAAAGAUCAAGGCCCGCGUAGCCGGAAUCGAUGCCAAAGGACCUCGCAAGGUACUCGGAGUGUUCCAGCUGAACAUUGAAGCCGCCGAUGGAGCUCAUGAGCUGGUUGUGGAUCUGAAAAACUUGAAGGUGACCGACGGAAAGGUUUCCGAUGCUGAUGUCGUCAUUAAUCUGAAGGACGAAGAUUUCAUUGCCAUCGGAACCAAGGCCAUAACUGUACAUGAGGCGGUCGAACAGGGCAAGGUUAAGAUUACCGGCGAUGAAGCCCUCUUCCAGGCUUUGGUUGAUGCCCUGUAA